AUGAAUUCCGCCACAAAGACGAUGCCGAAGGUAUUUUCCUAGAAGUAUCUGACGUAAACUCCAAUUUAUAGAGUGAAACACGGAUUCCCAAACCUCCGAAACCACCGGAGAAGCCACUGAUGCCUUAUAUGCGUUAUAGUCGGAAGGUUCACCAUUUUAGAUUGUUGAGCAAUUGUUUUCAGGUAUGGGAAAGGGUUAAGAAUGAAAACCCCCAACUAAAACUAUGGGAGGUUGGUCGCAUAAUUGGCCAGAUGUGGCGAGAGUUGCCUGAUGAAGAGAAGAAUGCAUACAUCGAGGAGUAUGAGGCCGAAAAGUUGCCAUAUUCAGAGGCUAUGCGUCAAUACCAUAGUUCUCCCGCUUACCAGGCGUGGAUAGUGGCCAAAGAAAGAGGUAUCCUGUUAAGCCUUCUUGGUCUCUUCACUGCUGAUUUUUGCCUCAAACCGACUUGACACAUAACCAUACUUUUCAUGUACACUUACAGCUGAAAAAGGUGGAGAUGAUGCCGAGAUGGACAGGAAGAACCAAGCGCGACCUCGGGAUAAGCAAGAGGCUCCUCUCAUAGACCUCCGUGAAUCUUACAUUCUGGAAGACAACGAAGAAGGUAAACGCUCACUUCUUGUCCAGCAGUCUUGUAGAUCCCGACGAACAGUUCACCGUGAAGCACGUAGCUGCCGCCCGCUUUCAACGCAAUCAUCGCCUUAUGCAGGAAAUACUAAGUGAUGCCAAGUUACCGGACCCCGGUCAGCUCAUAACUAAGACUCGUCUGUACACUCUCCGAAUGCAGGUGAAACAGUUGAAGAACCACAAGAAAAACUUGUGCAGUGAGAUAGAAAACUGUGAACUGCGACACCAGGCGAAAAUGCGUCGUAUUGCUGAUGAAUCAGCAGCUUUCUAUGCUGACUAUCGCAAACUUUUUGCUACCAAACCGCGCAUCACAGAGGCACAAUUCUCCGAAAUGAUCAUUAAAGCCAAGCACGACUUGGCUCGAGAAGAGGAAGAAAAGCGUGAGCUUCAAAUACUGGAGGCUGAGAAUCGUCGGCGAAGGCAGCAACAAAGACAACAGAGGGAAGCCGAGCUUGUGGAUGCGGAACGGCGCCGUCAGAUACAACAUCAAGCCCAACAACAAGCGCAACAACAGGCCAGUCAACAGCCUCUGCCAGCGCAAGCACCGCAUUUGCAACAACAGCAAAACCCACCAAAACAAAGCGAUUUUUCUAAAAAAGCGCCUGAGGCACCGUCGUCUCCGCUAACUGGUCCAAACGACGUAGUAUGUUCUACCAAACUCAUUUUUUAUCACGGUCUAAGGCCAUCUUUUUUGUAUUUAGUUUUCUGAGCUGUUAUGCACUUUCCAUGUAGUUUUCAAAUUAGCCUACAUCUUCGCAUCUUCAAUUUGAAAUCUAGUUACUUGCAGUGGGUUUCUGUGAAUUGAUCUUCUACAUUUAAUCCUCUAGUCACAACCGGCCAACGUAACAGAGUCAGAAGUCCACUCAGCUGUUCCUGGUCGACCGCCUGCCACCUGUAGUGUCGGGCCGCAAAUAAGCCAACCAACCGCGAAAAUGUCUUAUCCGCAGUCAGUCCAGUCACCACAGCAAAAUUAUCCGCCAAUUCAACAAGCCCAGAGGCCUGUUGAAGAAGUAUCUGACACCAGACUUCCCCCAUACCGUCCCCAGCCCAUGAAUGGCACGCCUAGUGGUUACGGAGCUCAGGCGCACCCACCAACUUGCUCCUAUGCCCCGGCUAAUCCUCAGUCCGGUCCUACGAUGUCCUCAGGCCAGCCUCCCUAUCCGCCUCCUCCGCAUUACCCCUCGAUGCCAACUUCUGUGGUGGGACACGCGCAGGUUGCGCCACCGCCACAAGUGACGCAGGCGCCAUCUGUACCUCUACCACCGCAGUCGGCUAUCCAAUCGUCCCAGCCAGCCGAAUCGCAGUGUCUGCCCGGAUACCCUAGCGAACCGCCGAAUUUCUACUCUUCCCCGAAGCCAUCCGUUUCGUCAGAGUUUUCCCCGAUGUCUGCUAAAAGAGAGGUCGUUUCCGACAAGACUAUGGAUUCAUCCGAGGGACAGGUCACGCCCGUUCCAGCGAAGAAAAAGAAAAAGUCCACAUCAAGCCAGGGUAACAAGGAUAAAAAGCUCGUGCAACCCGAAUUGCAAAGAUCGACAGUUCCUACAAUGGGACUAGACCAGCCUGUGUCUACUGGCCAAAUUAGUGGUGUGGAAAUCGGAGUCAGCGAUAGGGGUUCAAAGCCUCCCGUAACAAAGUAUACCCAAGGCUACUUUGACGAUCUCCAACGUCAGGAGUCGCCUGUACUAAUGCAGAACACCAAUGCCCACUUUCAGCAGCAACAGCAGCAGCAACAACAACAACAACAGCAGGCACCUCUGCCCCAGCAACAGUCGGAGUACCAUCACGUGCAAACAGGCAUGCAAUCGGAUAACCGUAUGGCAAUGGGUGGUAGCUACGGCCCCAACCCGGCAUACUAUUCGCCCUCGUCACAGGGGUUCCCUUCGCAGCCUAGACAGUACCCAGCACACCCUGGCAUAUAUGGUGCGCCGCCAUCGAACUAUCCUAGUCAACAGACUCCUCCGCCAGCCUAUCAUCACAAUCCCUCUCAACCAGGUUCGAAUGUGCCACCUGGCCAGCCGAUGCCACCACAACACACUGGCCAGAUGACCUGGUCUAUGCAACAUCAGCAGCAAGCCCAGCAGCAGCAGCCGAGCAGCGGGUAUCCACCCCAGUAUCCCGGUCAUGCACCCAUGAUGCGUUAUCCGAUGACGUCUGGGAUGGGCUAUCAGUCACGCCCAAUGUACCCCGGUCAGCAUCCUCAGUCGCAGGCACAGCAAUCUGGCGCACAGGAGGGUCCUCAACAUCAGACGGCCCCAGCCCCACCGCCUUAUCAACAGGCCGCCAUGCAGCAAAACUACUGGCCUCAACAGGGCCAACCACAGCAGCAGCAACACCAUCAGCAGUCGUCCAUUCCGGGACAUAUAAUGUCGCAGGGUCCUGCAAUGACGCAACACAGCCAAUAUCAGGAUAGACAACGCAUUCCUGGUCCGCCGUCAGAAGGUCCGAUGAGGGGGCAACAACAGCCUGGUCCGGGACCCAUGAUGGGUCCUGUCAGUCAGAGCAGUGGAGUUCCUGGACAUAAACACCCCUCGAUGAUGGGUGGCUACUAUCAAGGUAACUUGAUCUUUGCCACUAAACUACUGAUGCCCAGUAAUAGAAACUACUGUAUCAUUUUUUAGUUUGAAGUGUCAACUGGUAGAAUUCUGCCGUCAUACUAGCGUUUUCAGAUCGUGCGUACCCAAAUGAAAAAAGACGUAGAUCUUUGACAUCCCAGUGACCGAUUAGAUAUUACUCACACAUCUUCAAGUACACUCCUUUGUUGUUUCGAGACACAUUGUUCCUCUAAGGCAAUGUAGAUGGAGUUCAAGUGGUCUAUUGAAGUAGAACUUAAAUUCUCCAAAAGUGGCUUCUGUCAGAGGAAGAGUAAGAGCGGAUCUUAAUCUUCCGUUUUUCAUAAAAACCCCGUGCUUGUGGAGUGAGUGCGCAUUCAGUUCUGCCGCGGAUAUUUUGACGCAGAUGGGGCAUACCGACAGUAAGGAAGACCAGGGACCUUCCGCUUAGAAUCAGCGUCCUUUACCCUUAAGCUUUAUUACUUAAUUUCACGGUAAAAGCUUCCUGGAAGUUGUGGCAGUUGGGCAUGCGCGUUCCCAAGUCAUAAUUUACUUACGUACCCGCAUUCAUUUUCAGUCCAGGGAGGAUUUGUUUUAGGUCUCGAUAUGGGACACUGAGACACAAGAUUUCAGAAGUAUCCGCUUGAGAAGAAUUCACCAAGCAGUUAACUUUCUAGACAAGAGGGAGAUCAAUGCACUUUUGCCUGCCCUUACGAUGACAUGUUGCCGAGAGCUCCUUUUCUUGACCUGAUCUCUGCCGUCAUUUGCAAACUGUUCUUUUUCUGUACUUAAGCUUAGAAAAGCAACGUUAACCAUAGCGUUCUGCCUUGCCAUGACACUCUGAUUCAGAACUCGCAGGCGGUCGCACAACCAGAAGCAGUCAGUUAUAGAGAAAUAUAAUCGAUAGGGGAACCUGAGUGGCCAUUUCUGGCUUAUUUGCUGCUGUCAGCUAGUCGUUCGGUUUGGGCUGGGACGUCGCGUUAAAAUUGGCCACCUCAAUCCCCACAGUCUGUCUCUGAUAAUCCUGCGUUCUUUUUUUAUUAACUUGUCAUGACUUUUUUGCCUUCUUUGCAAAGGAAAAUAUGAAAUUCGUUGUCAAAACCCACUUCUGGAAGUUUGUAAUUCACUCGUCUGGAAACUGUGAGCCCUUUCGAAGGCCAAUUUAAUGAGAUUGGCGGUUCCGAUGGGAGCAGAAUUCUACUAGGUAUUUCAUGACCUUUCUAUAAGGGAUAGACAUAUUUCCUCGUCGACUUUCCCCCUAAAUCAUCCAGUUCUCAGACAUUAGUUAUGGCAAUGCGUGAUCCCCCUGAAGUUAAGGCCUAGUUUUGUGUGAAAUACUAGCAUUUCCACCAAAGUUCACGGGUGGACAGGAACUGCUCGGAAGCAGAGAGAGGAUAAUUAAUACCUGUGUGGAAUUCUAGUGACAGUAAGCCAUGUGCAUGUGUUUGCACCCAUAGGUGGCGUUAUGACUGGCUCAGGAAGGCCAGAAACAGCAGUCGCCCUCGUACCUCUGUCUAGCUCUGAGAUGGGUCGCACAGGGUGGACGAUAUCAGGUCCAGGUAUUAUAACUAAUUUGUUAAAGCCACACUGACGCGGCUUAACUCUCAGUGUCUUCUGUCAUCUCUGGUCCAUCUCCAUGCCUUUGUAUAUUUAUACAUGCGUGAACGCAGGUGGUGGAGACUAACAGCCCGCGGGCCUCAAUUCUGACCACUACACAGGCAUAUGGUAGACUCGCAAUGCAUUAAACUCUUGGACCUCUGAAGUACAAGGACCUAGAAUGCCAUAGCCACUAAAAGAAAAAAAUUUUUAUGUACUCUCCUUAGCCUACGGGUCUUCACAAGCGGGGUACUGUGGCCAACAGGGACCGGGGAGCAUGCCAGCAACUACAUACUUCGGGGGACCGCCCCAACAGACGCAACAGCACAUGAACUACAGUGGAGCAGGCGGUGGCGGGGCGUACAUGCCUCAGGGAGUCGGCCAGCCGCCAGCAAGCAUGUGGCCCGGCUACCCACCAUCACCUCAGCAACAGCAGCAGCAUCAAAUGCAACCUGCGGCCGCCUACAUGUCUCAACAGCAGCCACCACCGAUGGGCCACCCAGGCCAACAGCAGCGCUCUAUGAUGAUGCCCGGAGGGCGUCCAAUGUCAACCGGGGGGCCGCCACCGCCGCCUCCGCAGCAGCAGCAGCAACAACCGGCGCCGCCGCCGCCGGGGCAGGCAGCACCAACAUCGCAACCAUCCGCAUCGUCCGCGGCCUCAAAGGAGGAGGCAGCUCCACCCAUGCAACGACCGCCCUCAGCCUCCAGUGGGACGGGAGGCGGGCAGACUGUGUCCGGAAUGCCUAACGUCAGUGGCAUGUAG